GCGACUUUGCGAGGUGUUAGGUUGAAGUGUGGUUAAGGGCUAACUUUAAGGUUUUCAGGAAUGAUAUUGUAGUACAACUAAGAUACUUGCAUAUUAACAAAUGGAAAACCCUUGAACAGAGGAAGUGAAAAGGCACAGCAGAAAGAGACAUUCAAGCAUGUUUAGACGCUUGCUACAAUGGAAAACCACAAAAUGACAGCUCGGGAGCUGUGUGAAAUAGAUGACUUGGCCACCAGCCUUGUCCUGGAUCCAUACCUGGGAUUCAGCACCCACAAGAUGAAUAUAAGCCCUCAGCCCAUUAUUCGAAGACAUCAGUACCUGCGGGGUGUUCUACAGCGUUUUAAGAGAACAGGAGAUUUUGAAGCUACCUUUAAGGCUUUAACUAUGGGUGACUGGGCCCGACAGUACUUCCAGAGUCGGCCUGCCCACUACAAAGCUCUUCUCAAAGAUCAUGUAUUUCGGUACCUCAGUGCUUUCUUGCCGCAAAGUGGAUUCCAAAUUCAGGCUUGCAACCGUUACUCCUCUGAGACCAAUGGUGCCAAAAUUGUUGCCACAAAACAGUGGAAUAUUAAUGACAGAUUGAAGCUGCUGUUGGGGUGCAUUGCAGAGCUGGGUGAUGCAGAAGUCAGUCUCCUGCGUUCAGGGGUUAAUGAUUUCAGUGUGAUGUAUUCAACACGCAAGCGAUGUGCCCAGCUGUGGCUUGGGCCUGCAGCAUUCAUUAAUCAUGACUGCAGGCCCAAUUGUAAGUUUGUUCCAGGGGACAGAAAUGCAGCUUGUGUAAAAGUGAUCAGAGAUAUUAGUCCUGGAGAUGAGAUAACCUGUUACUAUGGUGACAGCUUUUUCGGGGAGAACAAUGAACAAUGUGAAUGCUGCACCUGUGAGAGAAUUGAACCUUUGACACCACUCCUGUGUAUGCAUUCCUAAUGCGGGUUUCACAAGAAAUUAUCAAAAGAUGGGAGCUGGUGAUGAGCUGUAGAGGAGAUACAGCAAACGUAAUUGCUGGUGCCGUUGACCCCAGAUUUCAUAAGCUCAUAUUCUGUCUCCAGAAGUAGGAUUAAAAUUGCAGUUGAAAGUGCAAGCAAGCCCUUGCACUGGAAGCUAAGAAGGGAAUGAAGGAGGAGGAAAAUCAGCAACAGUCCACCAAUGAGAUUAAAAACUCAGCUCAUGCUAAGGAUGAGAAGAGGCAAGUGUCUUUACUGGACUCACUACUAAGGUUUGACUCCGACACACAUGACAGUGCAGAAGAUGCACAAGAAAGUAUACACAGCCAAAUAAAGUUUCCCACAUUGCCUAUUCUGGCAAAAUCACAUUUGUGUGUACCUGCAACAACAUCUGCUUCAGAAUGCCUGCUUUUGGCCACUGGAAAAACAGCCACAAAGAAGAGAACCAGUCUUAGCUCUGAGCUUGUGGACAUGUUAAUGUUCCUCCAUUGUAACACUGAGCUGUAAAAUGACCUAAAAGCCUUAUUUGUUGAUCUUGUUUCAAGUUGGACUGCUGACAUGAAGUUAUGUUAAGUCCAUUAUUAAUCAAAAAUACUUUUGACUUAAAUAUUUUAUUGUUAACAGUGCUUUGUUUGUCAUCUUGUUGAAAUUAUUUUAGUUUUGUUUUUUUCAUAUUCUGAUGUUUUCAAAUUCCAUAUAUGAAA